CCGUAGCGUGCGGUUGCGUGCAGUGCGGUACGUCGCGUCGCGUAGUGAUCUCGCGUUCCCGUCGUUAUCGCACGACCAGACGAGAAACAGCCGCCGUCGCGUUUGGACAACUGACUGUUUGUGCAAAUAUUAACCGUACCGCGAAGCCUUGUCUCUCGAAAGAGGAUACAGAAGGAGUGGACCGAAGCUAAGUGAAAGAGACGGACAGUGGGAAGUGCGCGCGGGUUUGACAAAGAGAGACGUGCUCCUCCAAGUGUUUGAUGUUCCCAGGUAAAUGCGUUCCCCAAAGCGCCGUGUUUGAUGGCAAACAGCGAAUACUCUCCUCUCGCUGUCAGAGAGUUUCGUGGGAGAAAGCGUGCUCGGCCCGCGCGGACUUAUCCGAGCGUGAUUUACCGGCUGCAAUAUGGCGUCCCGUGCUUUCACGGAAUUUGAAUUGCGAUCGUCGCGCGCGCUUUGAAUCGCGGGGUAAAGUGUAUUACGCGCGGCGCCAAUAAUUUCACACCGUGCGACUUGAUUGGCCGGUGCACAGUACACGUCCGUGAUUCGAGACGCGAACGGUUGAUUGUCGCGGAUCUCGCGCAUUUACGCAGUGAUAAAUUAAUCGCCAGAGAGUUUGGCGUGCAUUCUCGCGCCUCGUUAUCGGCGAAAUUCGUAUGACGCGACCUGCCGUGAUCUCUCCAUUACUAGCGGUACUGUCGCGGACAUCAGACGGCGCGAAUCGCGAGUUGGAAUGGCGCGUUCGUGUGAGUCAUCGUGAGAACAGUGCGAACGGUGAUUCCGACGCAGUGUCGGCGGUGAAUUUCGCGAGACGCGACGCGCGCUAACUGUCAGUUAGAGCCGGACACGACCGCGGCCUCUCGAGUUCGCGGAAUCGUCGAACGUUUUGCCACGCACGUCUCACCGUCUCAUUAGCGAGACGGAAAAUUCGCGCGUUCCGUCGUGAGAUUUCAAGCAUCAAGCGGCGGUCGACGCGUUCGAGCAGUGUGUUUGUUUUGGUUUGUAAUGACGAACUGCCAUUGUUGUUGCUGUUGCUGUUGUCAUCGUCGAGACAGCCGAAUCUCGAUCACACUACGCGAUACGUCAGUAACGGACUGCGAUUAAUUAAACGUAUCGUGCGGCACGCGAAUAACGGACGCGAAAAUGAAAAUGUCGGUCGCGUUGCGGAUCGUCGUCGCGCUCCCGAUUUUGUCGGCGAUCGGCCACGGCAACGAGCUGAAGGAUUACUGCACCAAGUACAAGUUCGGCAAUCUACCGGGUGGCCUGUCGUUCACGAAGGAGGUCGUUACCACGGAGUACGCCAACGUGGGUGCGUUCAAGGCCCUUCACUGCUGCCUCAGGGGAUACAGGAGCAUCGAAUGGUACAAGGAUAACAGAGCUUAUCCUUGGCCGGGUAGCACGAGCCACUUUAUCCUAUACCCGGAGAGCGCGAAUCAAACAAUCUACACGCAGGAGAUGAGAACCUCGGAUGCGGGACGAUACUCCUGUCUGGCGCGUAACGACACAACCACUUUGGAGGGCGACAUCACUCUCGAGGUGCUCAAUGAAGAAUCCGGCAUCUACACAGGCAAGCCGCUGCCCACGUACAGGCCGGCCUCCCAAUUGGUGCCUCUCAGGGGCACCGCGAGACUCUUUUGUGAGGCUUACAUGGGCAAGGUGAACUUGCCCGACGCCAGGAACACCGUCACCUGGUGGAAAAGCGGCAGCAACGCGACGCUACCCGGCGACGGCAGGAUAGCGCAGCAUCGAGUGUCCCGAGAGGACAACCAAAUAAUCGGCUCCUAUUUGGAGAUCCAAAACGUACUUUUCACGGAUUAUGGAGAGUACAAGUGCAUAAUCAGCAACAGCGUUGACGAGGAUAUUACGUUGGCGGCUCACGUCUACGAGCAAGAACCACAAUUCGUGCUGCACCUGCCGAACGGUUCGGAACGGAAGUCCCUGCUGCUGGCGGUUCUCGUAGUCGUGCUGUUAGUGUCAGUCACCGCAUUUUACACACGCUGCUGGUUGCCGGUCGCACUACUCUACAGAGACAAGUUCGGUCGUCUCGAGGAGAACGACGGGAAAGAUUGCGACGCGCUGGUGUGCUACCACGAGAAGGACUCGAGUCUGGUCAUCGGCAAGCUGAUAUAUAAGCUGGAGUCCAAGCAUCGGUACAAGUGCACACCGCUAGAGCUGACCAACCUGCAUCACAAUUGGAGCCUGGAGAUCUGCUCGCACGCGAACGCAGCCCGGCGCGUGAUCAUGGUGCUGAGUCCCGCGUCCUUGGACAACGUCUGGACAGACACGAGCGUCGCGGGGGUGCUGAAGCAGCUAUCCACGCUGCCGGCGCGCACGAUUGUGAUCGCGUUGCAGGGGAUACCGGGCACCACGGCGACGAUCGCGAAGCGAUCGCGACGGGACCGCCGCAACAUCCUCGACAGCGACGUGUUCCUCGACCAGCUGACGAUCCUGCGCUGGAAAGAUGGCGGCGGUGGUGAUGGCGGCCGCGACUUUUGGUACAAACUGCGACUGGCGAUGCCGGCGAUACGGCCGGUCGCGUCUGAAACCGGCUGCCAAUCGGUAGCGAUGAUAGUGCAGGCCAACGGUAAAUGCGGGCAGCAAAAGGCGCGCUCGCGCGAGAGCCUGGAGGUCCUCGUUUAGGGUUGCGCGUCUUCGAAGUCACGUCACCGCCGUCACGCCAUCGCCGUCGUGCCACAGCCGCCACGUGAUCUGAUUGCUCCCGGGUACCACGGACGAGAGAGUGGAAGGACUUCCUUUCUUUCUUCCACCUGUUCGCCGGAAGCCGCGGGAAACAGAGAAAGAGGCGAAGAGACAUACAGACGAUCCACGUGGCUUCUUUCCGCACGCGACGGACGACGCGACAGUUUCGACGCGUCGAAUCCUUGGAUCUCCUCUUCCUUUCCCACUCGAGGGUCUCGCGGGGAGAUGAGCCUUCGUCCUUGAGGACGAUUCUUAUGUCGAUUCUCUUUCGGCUUUCUUUCCCGGAAAAAUCGCGAGAGCAAUUCGGACGACGAUCACGACGAUGAUGAGGUACCGUCCGGCCGCGCGCGAGGAGAGAAUCCCACGGACACAGGUGGAUCUUCUUAUCCUCGAUACUCCGACUUCCGCAUGGAUCGCGGGUCGACCUGGACUCGAACAAUUGGAACUGCGCGGCAGAGCUGCUUAAAAGGGAAAUCCCGCGCAAAGCUGUUUGGCGUAAGCCGCUCGCCCUCCAUAUGUAUCUUCACACCGACGCUAGUCCUGACCGUCCCCUUUCCCCGCGUUGCUAUUUUCCGCUCCUUUUCCUUCACACUUUCGCCCUCCUACCCCUAACUCUCCGGCUUAUAUCGAACUUGUAUCAUACUCGAGACUUUUAUCCCUUCGUCUCGGCUUUUUCUUCUCUUUUUAUUUUUUUUUAUCUUCUUUCAUCCGACAACUCAACGAUCCUGCGGAAGGACGAGCUUUGACGUGUGGAGUUUUCGGCAGGUGCGCGCUUUCAGGUCGAAGAAAGCGCGAGAGUGACGCGGUCGGAGACGCCAGCGCACACGAAAAACCGACGUUUUGACAUCGAGAUGCACAAACGACCCUUUUUUUAACUCUCGCGGAAACAAACGUUCAAAUUAUCGCGCGAGACACAUAAGAGGCAGACAGAAAGACACUUUGCGACGGAGAACGUCGCCGUGUCAUGGCCGAUUUUCUCGCGAAUCGCGUCGUCGUUGACGGAAAGCAAAUUCGAUCGGAAAGGAAGGCUAACAAGAGGUCAGAACACGAGCAGAUGGACAAGAGGCGAGACAGACGGUCCUCCAGAGGAUAUGUCAAUUUCCAGAGUGAGUCUCGUUACGUAACCGCCAUUUUCGCUCUCGCGUUCUCUUGGACAUUGCGCUUCGCGAUGACGAAGCUAUUCGAAUAUUUCAUCGGCUGUUUGAAGAUUUGCAAAUAGACAAAUAUUUAGAUAUUCAAACACUCACGGAUAAAAAUUGAGAAGGAUAUGUAUAAAAAUGUUUAAAAAUUUUUCUAAGUACAUAUCUUAGCGAUAUCGAUUAUCCAUUUCUAUAGAUAGAGGUAUUAUCACAGAUAGAUAGACAUUAAGGCAGCCUGAUCGGGAGACAUCGGGCGAUUGAAGACGUUUAAUUCCCGGAUUCUCGGGUUCUUGAAGAUAUAUGCAUAUCCGGCGAGCAAAAAGACUGAAGGCAAUGACGCGGUGAUUGCGCGCGACGAGGAGCUGAAUUUACAAUUUUUCGCGCGAGAAAGAAGGGAGGAGGGAAAAAAGCGCAGAAGAGAGACAGAGACGAGGAGGAAUCGAAUAUGCUUUCCGCGAUCGACGAUUGGUUCGAGCAUUCCAACCGUUCCAAGUGGACGAGAAGUCGAAUGAUGGAAAAAUGCGCAGUCUUCCUUCCCGCGGCGCGCACGUGAUGAGAGUUUGAUUAGCGAGCGUUCCGUUAUCGGCACGGCGCGUCGCGCUGUGUCGCGUCCUUCUUAAUUUGCCGCCCUACUUUGUAUAUAUUGCAUAAUCUGCGUAUUUAUUUAGCUAGCCGCGUUAUUUAUGCAAUUGUUUCCGUUGCGUAAGUACCGAGUUCCCGAACCCUUUAAUCGGUGGAAAUGCAAUCUCUCUCGGUUUCGCAAAAGCGACGCCGGAAAUCGGAGAAACCCGCAAUUUUCUAACGUUUUCUUUUGUUCUUCUCUUAAGAGAGAGAAAGAGAGAAAGCGUGUCGGGACAUUCGUAUUUAUAUUUUAUAUUUAUGUAGACAUGCGUGUAUAUUUCAUGCAUAAAGAUUCGACGCUAAUUCGCAGCGUGUCGUGCACGGAAAAAAAAAGAUUUGGUUGAAUUAACCAAAUAUCUGGUCGAAUAUGAACGAUCCAGAAAUUCCGAUUGAAGUAACUCGGAACUG